CUUCGGUCACAUUCUCAGUAGCGGCGAAACUCCAUAACUAGAAAUAAAGUAAAAUGACCUCAAAGGCAUCAAAUUCUCCAGCCUCCUGCAGUCACACCAGCUCAGGCAGACCGAGCCUCGAGGACAUGACAUUUCUCCAGGGCGAGGCUGAUAAAACUAUCAAGGUGCAGGGGGAGGUCCUGGGAAUGGGAGUGACCGGGCUUGUAGAGCGUCUCAAAUCAGGAGAUGUAAUCAAGUCCCCCUGGAUAGGGGUCCCCAACGCCGCAACCUGCAGAAACGACAUGGCUAUUGAGGCGCGCGUAUACGAGAGACUUGGAUCGCAUCCCCGACUGGUACAAGUCAAGAACUGGGACUCGGCCAAUCAUAUCUUAACGUUAGAAUACAUGCCCAACGGCAGUCUUAAGGAGUAUAUCGAGAAGCAUAGGCAGGAGAUAUUACGGUCUCAGAGGGAGCAGUGGGUUAAGGAGGCUGCUGAGGCCGUCGACCUUCUACACUCACAUCACGUCAUUCAGAGUGAUGUCGGGCCGCAUAACUUCCUGCUUGAUGGCGAUCUUGGGCUCAAGAUCUGUGAUUUUGGUGGGGCUUCGGUGGAUGGCUCGAGGCCGGAGGUCCUCCCUGGAGCACGAUAUAGACUGCCGGGCUUGUUUACGAAAGAUCCAAAAGAAAAGGCACUUAAAGGGGACCUUUUUGGUCUGGGAUCGACGAUCUUCUUUAUCGCCACUGGGCACGAGCCGUACGAAGAGCUGACUGACGAUGAUCAGAUAGAGAAAUUGUAUCAGGAUGGGAGAUUUCCGGUAUUGAGCGAAGUACUGUUCGCCGAGAUUAUUGCACUCUGUUGGAAACAGGAAGCUGAGUCGGCUAAAAUGGUUCUCGAGCGUGUGAUGCAUUCAUUGAGUACACCUUAAUUACUAUCAGGUAUGUCUAGUUCGCUGUCCUCUACUUUAUCCUUAAGUAAGAAAGAGAGAGAACGCUACUUGUACUUAACGUGGUCAAUAUACCAUUUUCCUAGGACAAGUACUAUAUGAAAGCUACCC